AUGUGCUUACUACGGACAAUGCGCGUGCUCAAGAAGGAGGGUUAUCGCUGGCCCGCCGUCGUGCAUAUCGCGGCUACCAAUGCUAGCGCCGCGGCCAUGACGUACUGCCAAGGUCCAUGUGACUUGGGACGGUUCCAGCAGCCCGCGUUAUUGGCUGCCUUGACCUUCACCGCCAACACCGUUAGACGUGCUCAGACGUGCUCAGACAUGCUCAAGACAUGGUCCUCGUUGCAACACCUCAGCCACAGCCAAAAUGCACGCGAUACUUGCCGCGUCCGCCGUUUCCGCCACGCUACUUUUAGGAAACGCGUGGUUGCAACAUGUGCUUCGCUAGGCUCUGCCGCCUUUGUUUAG